CAGCAGCAGUAACAGCAGCAGCAGAAACCACAGAAGACGAUAACUCCGGCUCGAAACAAUGAACCAAGGCGGACUUUCUUCUCGGCUCUAUGCGCGUCCUAACUAUUCUAUUUUCCUGACGUACUCGAUAGAUAACCAAACAUUCUAGAAGGCAUCAAUGCCACAGAUUCGACUACUGGACCCCAGUCCCAACCCCCCAAUGACAUCUUCGAAACCUAAUCUGAACUUUAUCUCAAUGUGAAUCUCUUUGAUCGAAACGAUCAAUUUCAUCAGACAUAGCUUGACAUCAACAUUGCAUCAGGGCCAGUAGAUAGAGGUCCAUGGACGAAGUUAUAAGGCCGCCCAGGGUUGCCUUACUCUACUGCAGACUAUCCAAAAUCUCCAAUAUCCACCGAUUCAACUACUGCCCCCAGGUUGUCUCUUUCACAAAGACGUUUCCCCCACCUCAUUAAUUCCCUUCAUCAACAUGUCGAACCGCUACGAGAGAGAAGCUGAAGACCGCUACGAGGCUGACAAUGACACCUCUCCUGUUUCGGGGACUGUCUACGACAACUCUUACGCCCAUGAGACCCAGUCGGGGCUGAGGGGACAGAUUCCUGUUCAGAAAGACGAAGAUCGCUAUGAUGACCCCAUGCAGCCUCCCUAUUCCAACUCGGACCAACAGCUUGCCCAAGAUGAGAACGAGGCCAUCGAUCAGUCCAACAUCCUGCAGGGAAGCCGCCUGCGUCAUGCGAAGCCAUCGACAAGAAACGCUUACAACGAAGGUCCGGAUGAGGACGACUUGCCUGAAGAAGUGCUCUACGGCAACUCCGGUGUGUCCAGCACUGGUGGCGUGGCUUGAAGACAUCCGUCACGAUGGUGGAUUUGAUGCGCAACGUGGAAUGACUCGUAUAUGAGUUUGUUAUUAUUGUUCAGUGAUGAAUUGCUCUUAUGUUGAUAUGUAAUUAUGUACUGUACACGAAUUGAAUGUGGAGGAUCUGCCUAGCCAAUUCUGCGGCAG